AUGGCACCAUGCGUGGCACUGUAUGAAAGACGAUGCCGAUCACCUUUGUGUUGGAUGGAAGUCGGAGAUCGAAAACUGCUAGGACCUGAAAUCGUGCAAAUUACAAGUGAUAAAAUUCAACUCAUCCAACAGCGAAUUUGCACUGCUCAGAACUACCAAAAAAGCUAUGCUGAUACACAAAGACGGGACUUAGAAUUUCAAAUAGGAGAUCAUGUGUUUUUAAAGAUCUCACCCACAAGAGGGGUUAUCCGAUUUGAAAAACGAGGAAAGUUAAACCCACGUUACAUCGGACCAUUCGAGAUACUAAAAAGGAUUGGUUCUGUGGCAUAUCGCCUUGCACUUCCACCCGAACUGUCCAAUGUCAACAACGUGUUUCACGUUUCGAUGCUUCGUCGAUAUCUUCGAGAUCCAGAGCAUGUUGUCGAUUAUGAGAACUUGGAGGUUCAAGAAGACUUCUCUCAUGAAGAACAACCUGUGCAAAUUCUCGAUCGUCGUGAUCAGAUCCUUCGAAACAAGACUAUACCCCUUGCAAUAGUUUUGUGGAGGAAUCAUCGAGUUGAAGAAGCGACAUGGGAAACUGAGAGUCAAAUGCGGGCCAAGUACCUACACCUCUUCGAAAAGUAA